AUGACAGUUAAAGCAACCCACAAUGUGGUCCAUGAAGCCAACGGUGUAGAUUUCAGAGAAACACCAGCACAAUUCUUUGCCAGGCAGCCAAACAAGGGUCCGGUCGCAGACUUGCUGCACUAUAGAGAAUUGUACCAGAAGUCAAUUGCUGAUCCUGAAGGAUUUUUCGGUCCAUUGGCCAAGGAACUCUUAACUUGGGACAAGGAUUUCCACAAAAUCAAGUCGGGAAGCUUGAAAGAUGGUGACGCAGCUUGGUUCUUGGGUGGUGAAUUGAAUGCCUCGUUCAAUUGUGUUGAUAGACACGCAUUUGCCAAUCCUGAUAAGCCAGCAUUGAUUUACGAGGCUGACGACGAAAAGGAUUCGUAUAUUGUUACUUAUGGUGAAUUGUUGAGGGAAGUGUCCAAAGUAGCUGGUGUUUUGCAAAGUUGGGGUGUUGGAAAAGGCGACACUGUUGCUAUUUACUUGCCAAUGAAUGCGCAGGCCAUUAUUGCGAUGUUGGCUGUCACCAGACUAGGUGCUGCUCAUUCAGUAAUCUUUGCUGGUUUCUCAUCUGGUUCUAUAAAGGAUAGAGUGAAUGACGCUAGUUGUAAAGCAUUGAUUACUUGUGAUGAAGGAAAGAGAGGUGGUAAAACCAUCAACAUCAAGAAAUUGUGUGAUGACGCAUUGGUCAAUUGUCCAAGUGUUGAGAAAGUCUUGGUCUACAAAAGAACAGGCAAUGAGGAGAUCAAAUUGAAGGAAGGUAGGGAUUUCUAUUGGGAUUUGGAAACUGCUAAAUUCCCAGGCUACAUCCCUCCAGUCCCAGUAAACUCGGAAGACCCAUUAUUCUUGUUAUACACCUCGGGGUCAACUGGUACACCAAAGGGAGUUGUCCACACCACUGCAGGAUACCUAUUAGGAGCGGCAAUGACCACAAAGUACAUAUUCGACGUCCAAAAAGAAGAUAUACUUUUCACUGCUGGUGAUGUCGGUUGGAUCACUGGGCAUACCUACGCUCUUUACGGACCAUUGUUGUUGGGUGUUCCAUCGGUUAUUUUUGAAGGUACUCCAGCCUACCCAAACUACGGCAGAUUUUGGCAAAUUGUUGAAAAACACAAGGCCACCCACUUUUAUGUUGCCCCUACUGCUUUAAGGUUGUUGCGUAAGGCUGGUGAAGAGGAAAUUUCCAAGUACGAUUUAUCCUCCUUGAGAACAUUGGGUUCAGUUGGGGAACCAAUUUCUCCUGAUAUCUGGGAAUGGUACAAUGAACAUGUAGGAAAGAAUGAGUGCCACAUUUCCGACACCUAUUGGCAAACUGAAUCAGGAUCACAUUUGAUUGCUCCAAUUGCUGGUGUGACUCCAAACAAGCCGGGAUCCGCCUCAUAUCCAUUNGCAGCAUUGAUUGAUCCUGUUAGUGGAGUUGAAAUUGAAGGAAAUGACGUUGAAGGUGUCUUGGUUGUCAAGGACCAUUGGCCAUCAAUGGCAAGAACCGUGUACAGGAACCACACUAAAUACAUGGACACUUAUAUGAAUCCAUACCCAGGUUACUAUUUCACCGGAGAUGGUGCCGCAAGGGAUCAUGAUGGAUUUUAUUGGAUCAGAGGAAGGGUUGAUGAUGUUGUCAAUGUUAGUGGACACAGAUUAUCCACUGCUGAGAUUGAAGCAGCCUUGAUUGAGGAUUCCAGGGUCGGUGAAGCAGCCGUUGUUGGUAUCAAUGAUGACUUGACUGGCCAAGCUGUGAUUGCCUUUGUUGCCUUGAAGGAAGAAACUAGUGAUGAGACUGCACUUAGGAAAGAGUUGAUUUUGCAAGUCAGAAAAGUCAUUGGACCUUUCGCUGCGCCAAAAGCUGUAAUUAUUGUGAAUGAUUUGCCCAAAACUAGAUCAGGUAAAAUCAUGAGAAGAAUUUUGAGAAAGAUCAGCUCCAACGAAGCUGACCAAUUGGGAGAUAUUACUACAUUAUCGAAUCCACAAUCCGUUGAAGGUAUCAUCAAAGCAUUUGGUUUACAAUUUGGUAAAAAGUAG